CAACAACAACAACAACAACAACAAUGUCAUCAGUAAUAGUAAUAGUAAUAACAGCAGCAGCAAUUCAAAAGACAAGUCUUCUAGGAAAAAACAAUCAUGGCAACUCUUACAACCCAACACUUCCGGUUCUAUACCAAUGGCAUCAAGUACAUCAACUUCACCAUCACAUACUAUCUCAGCACCAUCUGUCAGCGCUUCUUCUUCGACUCCAAAAGAAGGUGGAGGAGGACUUGUCACUUCAUCUACUUCUUCAUCUUCAGCAGGUGCAACAGCUACAAUACAUUCUGUUCCAAUGACACCAGUUCGAUCAAGUACAGCAACAAAUGGAUAUACAGGAGCAUCUUUGAUACAACAACGACGAGUGGAUCCUCUUAUUUUUGGUGGUUCUGAUGCUUUAUGGGAUACUAUUAGCAAGUCAAAAGGAAGUGAUGUUACAGUAGAAAAAAUUAUCAGUAACUUUCUUCGAAGAGGUGGAUCUCCUAAUACAGCAAAACAAUCUCCAACUGCCAAUGCUGUUAAAUAUGGAUUUGGAAUGGUUCAUGCGUUGAUUAUUACCAAAGCUCCUGGUUCUUUGGAUUUACUUUUACAACAAGGAGCAAAUCCGAAUGUGUAUACUCUUGGUCAAAUUGAAGAUGACAAGGUGACGCCAUGUUAUUUAGCUGCAAGUGUAGGAUGGUUGGCAGGACUCCAAAAAUUGGUACAAGCAGGGGGUGAUUUAAUGAUUGCCCGAGGUGGUGGAGCCAAAAACAAGACAGCUUUACAUGCUGCUGCUGAGCAUUGUCAUGCUGCUGUGGUAGAAUAUAUUGUGGAUACUACUCAAGGACGUCUCAAUUUGGAAGUGGAUAGUUUAGGUGCAACUGUCUUACAUUAUGCGUGUGCGUCAGGUCAUACAGAUUUAGUAUCAUUUUUGGCAAGAUCUUGUGAAAUUCCAGUCAAUCAAGCGGAUCAUCGAGGUGAAUUACCUUUACAUUGGGCAGCCAGACAUGGACGUUUGGAAGUAGUGACAUUACUUGUAGAAAGGUGCGGAUGUGAUUGCAAUACAUAUGUACCACGUAGGGUAGGUACACCAUUGGAUUUAGCUCGAGCUGGUGGACAUCGUCGAUUAGUAGAUUAUUUGAAAGGAUUAGGUGCUAUGUCUGCUAAGAAAAUGGAAAAACGUCGUGAAGAAGAAAUGGCCAAGGAAGUACCGGUACACUUGGAAUCUACUUUGACAAGAAAUGGAUUAUUUGGAAUGGGUGAUGAUGAAUUUUGAUCUUUUUUUUUCUUUCUUAUUAUUCUUAUUAUUAUUAUUACUAUUUAUUAUUAUUUUACUUUCUUCUCCCUUUCUUAUAGUUACU